AUGGACAUCAUCGACGAGUUGGAGUACGAACCGGCAGUGCGUCUUGCCGAUCGUUUACUUCGGGCUAUCGGGACGCGGACUUGUUUCAAACAUAUACUCGCCAGUUUGGACGUCGCAGAAACGACCCGGGAUGGGUCAGAACAAGCUCCAGCUUCUGUCGGGCUUGUGGAUAUGGUUAUACAACAUCUGGAGGUGGUAGAGCGCGUCGGUAUGGCGACAAAGAUGAAGCUGAACUCGAGCCAUGAUCGCGAUGGAGAUCCAGGGUGGACUGUCACAGCUACUUUUAUGGAGUGGCUGAGGACUAUCAUUGUCAAGAAAUGGGACAGCAAAGCUGAAAUCAACAAGUGGAGCAGCGUUGGUACAGCCGUGAUGGUUCUCGACAAACUUCAUUCUAAGCGGCGAUCUCUACAAUUACAUUCCAACAUGUUCGAAAUGCCGAUACUCGAUGAACGCAUCGAUACAGUAAACGAGCCUAUCAACUACCUCACAUGGGAUCAUCACCCCAAUACUCUACACCUUUACGAGUACCCAUGCCUCUUCUCUGCGCAGCAUCUCGUGGCGUACUUCCGUACCAUCAACUUCACCGAGAUGAUGAAGCAGUACGACCAUACUAUGCGGACCCACCAAAUGCAGAAGUCGCUGGAGAUGUUCCUCAAAGAACCGUAUUGGUGGAUUAUUAAGAGGAAAAUGAAGACUACCCUGAGCGAAUACCUAGUGUUGGAUGUCAGUCGCGAAGAACCUUUGAAAGACACGCUUGAUCAGCUGUGGGGUAUGGACAAGAGGAUGUUGCUGAAACCGCUCAAGGUCAAGAUGGGUCACAACGAAGGAGAAGUCGGUGCGGAUCACGGCGGCGUGACGUACGAAUUCUUCCGUGUCGUUCUGAGUGAAGCUUUCAGGCCGGAGAAUGUCACCUUUCCUCUUGCCUUCUAUGAGUAUCUCCAAACCACCGGCAACCCGCGCGUCGAAGGCCCAGCCGACUACGACCCCAUCGACUACAUCAGCGACGGCUGGCCCAGCCUAGCAGAAAGUUUCCGCACCCUCUUAUCCUGGAGCGACGGCGACGUCGCAGACGUCUUCAUGCGCGAAUAUGUAUUCAGCUACUCAGCCUUCGGCCAGCCGAUCGACCAAAACCUAGGCGAUAACUUCCCUGCCCUCGCCGAAUCAAACUCCCCAAUCGAAGAGCCCGGUCUAGUCACCAACGAGAACCGUCUACAGUAUGUGAAGGACUACGUCCGCGCCCUGACAUACACUUCCGUCGCCCCUGGCCUCAUCCCUUUCCUGCACGGCUUCCUCACCUGCAUCCACCCAAAGAGCCUCCAACUCUUCACACCACACUCGCUCCGCCACCUCAUCGAAGGCACUCAGCAUAUUUCCAUCCCCGACUUGAAACGCUGCGCAAAAUACGAGGACGGCUACACACCCACAAACUCCAACAUCCGCGCCUUCUGGGACGUAGUCGAGCAUUACAGCCAAGAAGAGUUGCGUCUCCUGCUCGAGUUCGAUCAUGGGAGCCCCGAGCAGUUUGCCGAGUAG